GAGGGCGGUGAGAGGGGGAAGCGGCUGAAGCGUCACGCCAGCUUGUGCGCUCUGUGGCUUGGGACGAAGAGCGGAGGGUUUUGGAUCGGGCGGCAAUGGCGGUGCACGCCGUGGGCUUCUCCUCCGAUUUUGGGAAUCGGGGGGUGGAUGAGCUCCAGAUGCCGCAACAAGAUCCUGGAAAUCUUCUGCGACGCGGGGGGAUUCUUGGCAUCGACGAUGCAGGCAAGCAGCAGCAACCGCCGCAAGAAUUCUGGAUCGACCCAACGAUGUUGGGCGAAUGGCGGAGCGAUCUCGGCUGCAAUGCUUCGGUUUGCGGAAAUUUGGAGCCGUCGGGCCGAAAUCACGUGACAACUUCGCCGGUUUUCCCUUUCCCCAGUGCGGAUACCUCCUCGGUGAAGGCUCCUGGAGCAGUACCCGGGGUUCUUCCUCAUAGUCGAUUGCCGAAGUCCGGCACAACUUCAACCAGUGGGCGUCAUGCGUUACCUUUGCCUCCUGUCUCGUCUUCUGCUCGAGAUAUCGUUGCUGUUCUGUUUCAACAGAAUCAGGAAAUUAAUGCAUUCCUUUGCUUUCAGAACGAGAGGAUGCAGAACGAAUUGGUGGAGAUGCUCGAUAGACAUUCUCGCACUGUUCAGUCGGUGUUACGGCAGCAAGUUGCAAAGCGAUUGAUGGAGAAGGAAGCCGAGUUGCUGAGCCUUAAGCACCGGAAUGAAGAGUUAGAGGAGAAGGUGCGACAGAUAACCGAGGAAAACCAGUUCUGGUUCAACAUGGCCAAGAACAGCGAAGUCAUCGUGAGGAACCUCCAAUCGAGCCUGGAACAAACUCUGCACCACGGCGACCUUAACAAUCGUGUCGUCAUGUUCCCAGCAGACGACGCGCAUUCCUGCUGCUACGAAGAGGACUGCACCGCCGCGGCACCUGCAGCCGGUGCCGGGAGUGCGAAAUUAUGCACGACGUGCGGCGCGACGGACGUCUGCAUCCUCUCGCUGCCGUGUCGCCACCUCUGCCUCUGCAAGGACUGCGCAUCCCGCGCCGCCGCCUGUCCGGUCUGCGGCGCCACCGUGAACAAUUUCCUGGAAGUCUUUGUUUGCCGAUGAACCGCCCCCUGCUGCGGUUGCUGCCAUUUCUGGUUUCUUUAUUUUGGUGUUCUGGCAGUUCCUUCCGGCGCCUGUUCUUUGUUAAUAUCUUCCUUCCGCUUCCUAUUUCCUCUGCCAUCUCUCCUUUUUGUCGACCCAUUUGUGAAUUAUGUAAUGUUCUUUCAACAUUUUGAUGUAAUAUCAACUUUCCCAUCGAAAAUCCCCCAAAAUUGAUAUUUUUUUUC